AUACGUGUCAAACUCGGUCCACGAAUACGGAAAGUAGAACAGCAUCGUGUGGUGCACACGGGUAUCUUGCUAUCGUUUACGUGCGUAAAGGUCGAGAGUUCAUGAUCAUUCAUCGGCUCGAAACGAUGAUUUUACAAGACAUUUGACCGACGAUCUUUCCUCUCCUCGCUUUUCACUGCCGAAAGAAUCGGAGUCCAGACGUCCAGAGACUGUAACACAUCAAGAACUUUCGUUCGACCGAUUUUCGUAACGCGACGUAUAACCUGUCAGGAGUUUGCAGCCUUACGAUCUCGACCUGAAAGAGCAGUGUGAAAGUGUGAGAUACUGAGACACCAGAAAGCGAAAAUGCCGCUUUUCGGUAAAAAGGAUUCGAACAAGAAGAUCAAGAAGGAUGGAAAAGAUGAAAAAUCACCGUCCGUCGAGGAUAAGUACAUCCUGAAGGAGUUGCUCGGAACGGGUGCUUUUUCUGAAGUACGCCUGGCAGAAACUAAGGAGAAGCCUGGUCAAGUGUUUGCAGUGAAGAUCAUUGACAAGAAAGCACUAAAAGGGAAGGAAGACUCUUUAGAAAAUGAAAUCAAAGUUUUGAGAAGAUUAAUGCAUCCAAAUAUUGUUCAACUGUUAGAAACAUUUGAGGACAAGCAUAAGGUUUAUUUAGUUAUGGAAUUAGUCACUGGUGGAGAACUUUUUGAUAGAAUUGUUGAAAAAGGUUCCUAUACAGAAAAGGAUGCAUCUGGUUUAAUAAGACAAAUUCUUGAAGCUGUUGAUUAUAUGCAUGAACAGGGUGUCGUACAUAGAGAUCUCAAACCUGAAAAUCUUUUAUAUUAUAGUCCACAUGAAGAUAGUAAGAUUAUGAUUAGUGACUUUGGUUUAUCGAAAAUGGAAGACUCUGGUAUCAUGGAGACUGCUUGCGGUACUCCAGGAUAUGUUGCUCCAGAAGUCUUAGCUCAGAAACCAUAUGGGAAGGCUGUUGAUGUAUGGAGCAUAGGAGUAAUUUCUUACAUUUUAUUAUGUGGAUACCCGCCGUUUUACGAUGAGAAUGACGCUGUCCUGUUUGCACAAAUUUUGAAAGGUGAAUUUGAAUUUGAUUCGCCGUUCUGGGACGAUAUCAGUGACUCUGCAAAGGAUUUCAUACACAAGUUGAUAUGUGUCAAUGUCGAAGAACGCUAUACUUGCAAGCAAGCCCUUGCACAUCCUUGGAUAUCCGGCAACGCAGCUAGCAAUAAAAAUAUCCAUGGCUCCGUAGGAAAGUCUUCCUCAUCUCUCAUGGUUGCAGCAAGCCUAUCACGCAGCCACGGUCAUACGUCAAAUGCAACGGCUGGCUCUCAACAGCGGCCAGCAACAGCAGCAGGGUCCAGGAUCAACAGGCCCCUCCAGCGGCAACCCCAUGCCAUACCCCGAUCAGUCGCAAUCCAACAACCCCAGUCACCAAGCCAGAUCAGUGGAACCUCCGAACAACCUCAAUUGAAGCAAAUACUUGAGCCGCCGUUGCCCGUAUCAAGCUUGGUGGCCUCAAAUCCUAUUCCCAUUGCGAUCACCCCAAAUUCACCACUAUACUUACGCAACAAACGCUUCAAGCUGUGGGGUAGCACACGCACUGCUCUGUCUACUCUCUUUCAGACAAAUAUAUCGUAUCUUAGAAAGCAACGGAAGUAUAAGAAAAGCUGAGUCACGCAACUAAAUUUUCGUCUACGAGAAUACUUACUCGAAGCCGUUGGAUAUGGCGUUUCAACUCCCUCGCCAAAACUAUUUAAUUUGGCGCAGGGAUUUGUAUAGAUUUCAGCUAAUCCGCUUUUAUUCGGUGGUCUCCUGUGACACGGUUACCACUAGUUAUGUACAUUACAGACCUAUGUAACA